CCGAGCCCACCACGUAGACCUCCUCCUCUCCACUAUGUCUCUCUCUGUGAUACAGCGAUAACAAUUUUCGAAGUUGGUGAAAAUCCGAAUCCACCACGUAAACCGCCUCUUUCUCUCCAACCACUGCUAUAAAACUCUCCCUCUCCCUCCCUAACUUCAUCACUGCCAUAAAGCCCACGCCACUCUUCUGUCCUCCUCCCCACUACAAAGCUUUAAACAAGGAAGCAAGAGGAGAGAGAUAUGGAGGUGCUAAGAGUCCAAUCCAUUGCAUCAAGAACCUUAGACACAAUUCCCAGCAAGUUCAUCAGGCCCGAAAGCGAGAGGCCAGAUGUAGGCCGCAUCGGCCGGGCCCCUCAACUCCCUGUUAUCGACCUCUCUAACCCAGACCAAGAAUCCUUGGUCCAAGACAUGGCGAAAGCAGCUCAAGAAUGGGGCAUUUUCCAGAUCAUAAAUCACGGUAUUCCACAACAAGUUGUCGAGGAGCUUCAGAGGGUUGGAAAAGAGUUCUUCGAGCUCCCUCAGGUGGAGAAAGAGCGGAUUGCUCGCAACUCGGCCUCUCCCGCCCUCGAAGGCUAUGGCACCCAGCUUCAGAAGGACCUUCAAGGGAAGCUAUCAUGGGUCGACUUCCUCUUCCAUAACAUUUGGCCGCCUUCUCGAAUCAACUUCGACAAAUGGCCGAAGAAACCUGCCAGCUACACCGCUUCAAAUGAGGAGUAUGCUAAGCAUUUGCAGAAUGUCGUUGACAAGCUUCUGGGUACUCUCUCUCUCGGGCUGGGGAUCGAGGAGGAAGUUUUGAAGAAAUCAUUGGGUGGUGAUGAGUUCGUAUAUCUCCUGAAAAUCAACUAUUACCCUCCAUGUCCGAGGCCUGAUCUCACCCUCGGCGUGGUGGCUCACACAGACAUGUCCGCUCUUACCGUCCUAGUGCCCAACGACGUGCCGGGCCUUCAGGUCUGCAAGGAUGACCAAUGGUUCAUUGCCGACUAUAUUCCCAACGCCCUUAUCGUGCACAUUGGUGACCAGAUAGAGAUUUUGAGCAAUGGCAAGUAUAAGAGCGUUUUGCAUAGAACAACCGUUAACAAGGAGAAGGCAAGGAUGUCAUGGCCCGUGUUUUGCAGUCCACCCGACGAAUGCAUGAUCGGCCCUCUACCACACCUCACGGACGAAACCAACAACCCGCCCAAGUACAAGACCAAAAGUUUCAAAGAUUAUGCUUAUUGCAAACUAAAUAAACUCCCUCAGUAAUAUUAUUUAGUAAAAACUGUUUUGAGUUUUUUUUGGGUAAUACAAUGAGGAUGACUGCCCAUGCUUGUUUUUUAAAUCGUUAGUUGUUUUUUAAGGUACUAAGUGAGAAUAAAAGCUAGGGCCACGACCCUAACCCCAUUCUCAAACUGUUUUGUGAUUGAUGCAAAGGGAUCCACAUGCCUCGCUCCCACUGACAUCUGAAAUUGGAUUUCUUUGAGUAUGAGCACUGGAAGUGCCACAACACAAUUUCACAUUUCACAAGGAAGGUGUAAUUGUGCACUCUGUGCGCCAUAUCUAAACGGUGUUGUUGCUUGAUUUCUCUUUAAAUAAAGCUAUUAUUUGCUCAUAUGUGGAGUAAUUGUGCACUCUGUGCCCCAUACCUAAACAGUGUUGUUGCGUUAUUUCUCUUUAAAUAAAGCUAUUACUUGCUCA